ACUCAACUAAACUUCCACUUCCUCUAGCCAACUAUGAUAAUGCGCAAAAAAAAAGAAACUUCAUUAACGGCUGCUUCGCUUUUGACCGUCAAUUAAAAUAUAAUUUUUGCUGUAAGAGAAAAGCUUCAACGUGAUUAUGGAGGUAGUGGAGGGCCAAAUGUGGAAUUGCGCAACGCAGUUAUUGGGAUUUGGAUUUGCUCUGGGUUGCGUGCCUCAUUCGACGCUGAUUUCGUAUCGAUAGAUGUAGGAAAAUAUCAGACGAUAGCUUAGAGAGAGAGAAACUUUAUGAGAACCGGAUUCAGGAGUGAAGAUCAUUUUGUUGUAUUGAAUUCGAUAAUUGAAUCAUCAUAAUUACUAUUUUUACUGAUCUUCAAUCAAAAAGCAAUCCAUCUGUUCAUGGCGACCACGAUGAGGAGUUUGGAAUGUUUGAUGAAGAGAGUCUGCAGGGAAAGCAGGAGGAGUUAUGGUGCUCUUCCUGAAGGAAGUGCCCCUUCUUCUUCUCAACAACUCAUCAACUUGGAGCACGAGUACAGCGCCCACAAUUACCACCCUGUUCCCGUUGUAUUUUCUCAAGCCAAAGGAUCAUCUAUAUGGGAUCCAGAGGGCAACAAAUAUCUGGAUUUUCUCUCAGCUUAUUCAGCAGUUAAUCAGGGUCAUUGUCAUCCAGAGAUCAUGAAAGCACUCCAAGAGCAGACAGAGAGGCUCACUCUCAGCUCUAGGGCCUUCUUUAACGAUAGAUUUCCAAUAUUUGCAGAGCGUAUAACGAGUAUGUUUGGUUAUGAUAUGGUUCUACCUAUGAACACUGGUGCAGAGGGUGUGGAAACUGCUCUGAAGUUGGCAAGGAAAUGGGGUUAUGAGAAGAAAAAGAUUCCCAAAGACGAGGCCAUUAUUGUCUCUUGUUGUGGCUGCUUCCAUGGUCGUACAUUGGCUGUCAUCUCUAUGAGCUGUGACAAUGAUGCUACUCGUGGUUUUGGCCCAUUGUUGCCUGGCCAUCUUAAAGUUGAUUUUGGUGACAAAGCCUCUCUUGAGAAAAUUUUUAAAGAUAAUGGAGAUCGAAUAGCUGGAUUCCUUUUUGAACCCAUUCAAGGGGAGGCUGGGGUUAUAAUUCCUCCAGAUGGUUAUUUAAAAGCUGUCAGAGAUCUUUGCACUAGGUAUAACAUCUUAAUGAUUGCUGAUGAAAUACAAACUGGCUUAGCAAGGACAGGAAGAAUGCUAGCUUGCGAUUGGGAAGAAGUUCGCCCAGAUGUAGUGAUACUCGGAAAAGCAUUGGGUGGAGGAGUUAUACCUGUAAGUGCCGUACUUGCAGACAAAGAUGUCAUGCUUUGUAUUCGACCUGGAGAGCAUGGAAGCACCUUUGGGGGGAAUCCUUUGGCUAGUGCUGUGGCCAUUGCCUCACUAGAUGUGAUCAGAAAUGAGGGACUUGAUGAGAGAUCUGCCAAAUUAGGCCUCGAGCUCCGACACCAGCUAGUUGAAAUUCAGCACCAAUUUCCAAAAUACAUUAAUGAAGUUCGGGGAAGAGGUCUGUUCAAUGCUGUGGAGUUCAAUGGCGAGAGCUUGUUCCCUGUUUCAGCAUAUGACAUCUGUUUAAAACUGAAGGAGAGAGGGAUUCUAGCAAAACCAACCCAUGAUAAUAUUGUUCGGUUGACUCCUCCACUGUCCAUGAGCACAGACGAGCUCCAAGUCGCAUCAAAGGCACUUCAUGAUGUUCUGGAUAUUGAUCUGCCAAAACUGCAGAAGGCCAAGCCUGAGAAAGUCUCCAAAGCUGAUUCUUCUGUAUGUGACCGAUGUGGGAGGAACUUGUACGGCUCCUCAUAAAGAUCUACAAAUAUGCAUUUCGUCAUUCAGUGCAAUAACAUAGGUGGGAGCUCUCUUAUUGCAUUGCAUUUAUACAUGGAAAGUUUUUCUCCUCUCAAAACAAGAUUGUCCUUGAAAGAAAAUCAAUAUCAAUAGACUGAUGGAGGUGGAGUGACAAUAUGCAACUUUCACUGGCAAAAGUGUCUUAUGAGUUUCUUCUGUGUCAUGUAUAAUAAUUAUUAUAAUUGGCAGACUUUAGUUAAAUCCCUUCUAGAUAUUAUAAUCUCCAUAAUGCAAAGUAAUCAGGCAGGUUUUCUAUCAUUCUACACCACCUCCACAAGCUAAACCCCGAAAACUUUUUAGCAGUUUAGCUUGAAAAACAGUUUCAUGUUCCCUCUAGCUACGGAAAGCUUUGGAUUGUAGCUGGAUUUUUAUAAUGGAAUGCCACCAACUUUGAGAAGCUUUAGCUGUUGUAUUAUAUGAUUACUUUUAUGUCAA